UUAGUUCUUGCAUUUCUGACUGCAGCCCAUUUCAGCUGCUGCACAGCAUUUGCACAAUUUUUUGUCUUCACAAAGGGAUUCAUCUCCGCUUCCAGCAAUGUAGCCGCACUUGAAGAUGUGCUCUCUCAUGCACUUAGCUCUAACCUUUGGCUUCUCAAAGAUGUGUGCUCUCUCUUCAAAACUAAUUUCCUCUGUCUCUUCAGUAGCAAGGAGUUCUCUGACUGUCUUGGCAUCGCCAGCAAAGGCUGUAGCCACAAGAAGCAUGACAAGGGCAAUUAAGAGGUAAGAUUUCAUAUUUAUUUUUAUUAAUUUAUCUAAAAAAUUUGCAUAU